AUUUUAAUUCAAAAUGAAGCUUCUUGCUCUGCUCUCAUUCUGUCUUCUGAUUGCAUUUGCUUACUCCCAAUGUUGUUCUGGAGCACCCUUAGGAAUGUGCAUCAAUCAGCAUUGUCCAAAUGGAACUAUGUGCAAUAACAAUUGGUGUUGCCCUGGAUGCUAUGAUACAUGUUCGAACUGUUAUAUGUACACUGCUUACUGUAAUAACCCAUAUUACUCGUGUAGUAUGAGUUGCUGCAAGGCAACUUGUGGGCAAUGUCAUCCAUGAUUAUUGUUUUUUUUCAAAGAAAAUAAUUCAGUUGAAAGUAUGUAGAAUGAAUCAGUAAAAGAUCAUGUUAUCAUUGAAAC